UGAUCAAGAGGUCAAGUCUCUAAUGGUGUACUGCAACACUGCUUGCGGUUGGAAAGGAGAGCUGGGAUCACUCGAUAAUCAUAAGCAGAAAGAAUGUGAGAACUCAGUAGUCUUUUGCGAAAACAAUUGUGGUGAAAUAAUUAUUAUUCGAAAGAAUCUUAAGGCUCAUCUUGAGUCCAAGUGUCCUAAUCGACUACACAAAUGCCCUCACUGUGGUGCAAACAACCAGUACAAAAACCACCAAGUUCAUACCAAACUACAUUGCCCCAAGCGAUUGCAUUGUUGUGUUCAUUGUGGUGAAAACGGCUGCUUUGAUGAGCGUACUUCUACACAUUUGGAAGUUUGUCCCAAGAAGAAAAUUGUGUGUAAAAAGUGCACACAACGUAUCCUGCGCUGCCAACUUGCAACUCAUCCAAAAGAAUGCACGUUUCAACCAGUGCCCUGUAAAUAUGCUGCAGUCGGGUGCAAAGUUCGGCCUCUACGCAAAGACCUCAAGAAGCACGAGGAAGAUUAUCAACUUCACCUCCAAGUUACCACAGAAACAGUGCUCGAGCUAAAGAAAAUGCUUCCCAAACCAGUUGCCCCGGUUACAGUUGCCCCAGUUACAGUUUCCCCAGUUACAUGCAGAGUUGCAGAUUUUGACAAGUGCAAAACAGACAAUGAUGUAAUCUACAGUCCUUCGUUUUACACUUCCACAAAUGGGUACAAAAUGUGCUUAAGAAUAGAUGCCAACGGUAAGGGCACUGGCAAUGGAACACACGUCUCUGUGUUCACUUUCCUCAUGGUAGGUGAACAUGAUGACUACCUGACCUGGCCCUUCACCGGGAAAGUCACAAUCGAGCUACUCAACCAACUGGAGGACAACAAUCAUCACAAAGAGACAAAUACAUUUCCAGCAGAACUUGUGGCUAGCCAAAGAGUGGUGGAUGGUGAGAGGGGGGUAGGAAGGGGCUACCAUAAGUACAUCUCCCACGCUGACCUCGCUCACAAGCCUCGUAAAAACACUCAGUACCUCAAAAACGACACUCUAAUAUUUCGAGUCUCUGCAGAAGCUCCUGACUACAAGCCAUGGCUGGAGUGUACUCACUUUGUGUAGUUAAUUAUAUAGUCAUGUGGGACAGUUAAAGUUUUGUUAUUUCCUAGAAUUAUAGCCUGUAUAUAGUUACUGUAGUUGCACCUAUACUUGCAUAUAGUUAUACACAAUUAUAUCAUGUCAAAAUUAAACCAUUCAU